CCCACAAACCUUCCAUCGACCCAAAUCUAAAGGACCAUCGUGCGGCGAUAAGAUAUUCCCCUAUAUUUCCUUCCUUAUUUGCACAGCACUCUUCCGUUAAUCACCGUCACCCAACCUAAACGCCAAUAGCACCAUCCAUCCCUUAAACUCCAUUUCAGUUCAGAUCUGGCCACGCCCCCAAGUCCCCAACACAACAGCCAAAAAUCUACGACCAUAUGAUAUAACAUCAUCAUCCAUCGAGUCAAAACCACACACCCAGCAUCUCAGAAAGAGAAAGUUACCCACUUUUUAAUACCCCAUUGGCGAUGGUUGAGGCACAAACAUGGACAACCCGAAGAAUGAGCAAUCCCAGGUUGCUCACGCUGGACACCAACGACCAAGUCCUCGACAUCCCUCCAACACCACCUGGGGACCAAAGAAACAACAACAACAACAACACCUUCGGAUCCAACAACCUAUCGCCGACACUCUUAACGGCACUCAUGAUAGCAUCAUGGUACCUAUCCAACAUCGGUGUCCUCCUCCUUAACAAGUACCUCCUCAGCUUCUACGGUUACCGUUACCCAAUCUUCCUCACAAUGCUCCACAUGCUAUCCUGCGCCGUUUACAGCUACGCCUCCAUCAACUUCCUCGAACUCGUUCCCUUGCAGCACAUCCACUCCAAGAAGCAGUUCCUUAAGAUCUUAGCACUCAGCGCAAUCUUCUGCUUCUCCGUCGUCUGCGGUAACACCUCGCUGAGGUACCUCCCCGUUUCGUUCAACCAGGCCAUCGGCGCAACGACGCCGUUUUUCACCGCCAUCUUCGCGUUCUUGAUCACGUGCAAGAAGGAGACUGGGGAGGUUUACUUCGCUCUGUUGCCGGUUGUGUUGGGGAUCGUUGUGGCGAGUAAUAGUGAACCCUUGUUCCACUUGUUUGGGUUCUUGAUUUGUGUUGGGUCCACUGCGGGGCGUGCAUUGAAAUCGGUGGUUCAGGGGAUAAUCUUAACCUCUGAGGCAGAGAAGCUUCACUCUAUGAACUUGCUUCUCUAUAUGGCUCCUAUGGCGGCGAUGAUAUUGUUACCCUUCAGUCUUUAUAUCGAAGGGAAUGUGUUGUCUUCUACGAUUGAGAAGGCCAGGGGAGACCCCUUUAUCGUGUUCUUGUUGGUUGGGAAUGCUACUGUUGCUUAUUUGGUGAAUCUGACGAAUUUUAUGGUCACAAAACACACGAGUGCUUUGACUUUGCAAGUGUUGGGGAAUGCCAAGGCUGCUGUGGCGGCUGUUGUUUCCGUUUUGAUUUUCAGGAACCCUGUGACGGUGAUGGGCAUGGCUGGGUUUGGCAUUACAAUCAUGGGUGUGGUGCUCUACAGUGAGGCAAAGAAGAGAUCCAAAGUUACAACUCAUUGAUUUUCACAGAUAAUUCUCAACAUUCCUUAUUUUGGGGGGGAUUUUCAUAAAGGGAUAAACACGUUGAAGUUUUUCUUUUUGUUUUUCAAUAUUGCACAAUUUUCCUUUGAUUUGAUGAUAUUUUUGUGGAAUUGGAUCAAUUUAACAGCAAUUGGACUGUAUAGGAAGAACCACAAAAAGGGAAAAAGGGUUACUUGUGUUCGUUUUCUCUUGCCCGUGUGUAACCUUGUAAAAUGCUAGAUGCCCUUUGGCAACAUACAUAAACGGUUCAAAGAAGAAAAACUUAUGUGUAUUUUGUGAGGGAGGAAAAUUCUCCUUCGCUUCAUUUUGUCAAUCAUAUCAUUGAUUGUUUCAGUUGUGUCCUUUAUCAUUUGUUAUUGUGAAAUAUUUGGAGCUUUGGAUGUGUUGUGCUAGCUUUGAUUUUGAUUCA